AGUCCCGGAUGCCACAGGGAGGUACAGAGCAGGGCAGCGUAGAACCCCAGGAGGGCUCAAGCCCAACCUGGUCUCUGUGUGGGGUCUUGCACAGCCGUGGGGCAGCCAAGAGGAAGAAGAAGCAGAGGAGGAACCGCACCACCUUCAACAGCAGCCAGCUGCAGGCUCUGGAGAGGGUCUUCGAGAGAACGCACUACCCCGAUGCCUUCGUGCGGGAGGAGCUGGCAAGAAAGGUCAACCUCAGCGAGGCGAGAGUCCAGGUCUGGUUUCAGAACCGGAGGGCCAAGUUCCGCCGUAACGAGAGAGCAAUGCUGGCCAACAGAUCGGCAUCACUCCUCAAAUCCUACAGCCAAGAAGCAGCCAUUGAGCAGCCCAUGGCACCGCGCCCCACUGCACUGACCCCAGAGUAUCUCUCCUGGACCAGCACCUCCCCAUACAGCACUGUGCCCUCCUACAGCUCCAGCGGGACCGCGACACCCACCCAAGGGGUGAACAUGGCCAACAGCAUCGCCAGCUUGCGCCUCAAAGCCAAAGAGUUCAGCCUCCAUCAGAACCAGGUGCCGACCGUGAACUGACCAGGGCAAAGCCCACCCCGUGGCCUCAUCCAGGAUACAGCGUGGAGCUCCUGUGCCAGUCCAGGACAGAUCCACCACCCACCCAAUCCGCAUGCCACUCAUCCAACGUCUCAGCACCUCUCCUCUUCUCUUUCCUUUUGAAGGUAGAGUCAGUCCCAGGCCAAAGUGGCACAUAAUUAUAGCCACAUAUGGAGCAAACUUGGUUAGAAACUCGCUUUUUCCGCACACCCUUAUAAUAAAGGCUAUAUAUACACACACACAUACCCCCCACGCGGUCUUCGAGGACAAACAGACUUGCCAAGGGAACAAGAAUUUGCUUCCAAACAUGGAAGGAUCUUGGACUAUUGGAUUUGACCAAUUUGG